UAUAUCUAGCCGCUUUCCAGCGCACCAUCGGCUGUGACAAGAUGAAUUGCCCAAACGCCAUGGUUUACCAGGUGCCCAUCCUGGUACCAAUGGUGCAAAUCCCAACACGAGACUCGACCAAGUCGAGCCAGGAGGAAGAGGUGUCACAAGGCUCAGAAGCUGCGACUGCCACCACAGUGGCAUCGAACAGCUCUGGUGAGGGAAGCAAAAAUGCCGUCUCACUUCUUCAAGAAUAUGUCCAAACCUCCAAAAGAGGAUAUCGUCAGCCACAGAACCGCGCAACGCUGCAGUGGAAGUUUGAUGCUUCGUCCUCGGGUUCGAAGCGUUUAUUCCGUGCGCGUGUGGCCUUUGUGCUAGAUGGCAUUCCGCAUCAUGUGAUGGGUGGCUGGCAUCCUCGGAAGAAACUGGCUCAACAAGACACUGCUAGUGGUUGUUUGAGCCUUUUUGUUGGUGAGUGGGGAAACUGUUUAUCGCACCCGGAUCUGCCAGACAUGCCCGACGAGGCCUUACCUGCGCUGCAGAGCUUUUGCCGCAGCUAUCCACCAAUUUGUGACAGCACCCUAAAUGGUGACAUCAACUGGACCAUUGAGCGACUGCCAUCGGUUCCUGCGUCGGCCGGUGCCUACCGGGCUUUACUGAAGAUUCAAAUCUUUGAUGUGCCACAUACAUUUGCAGGCUGCUUGUGCCGUACACCAGAUGCAGCUAAAGCAGAUACUGCAAGUCGAUUUCUGUGGUACCUUCAGUGCCCCAAGUUCGAGAAUCUCUACGACAUCGACCUGGUAGCCGUCGCAAGCGAGAAGCUGGAAAGUCCGUCGUCGCAAUGGCAGCUUCGUGACAACACACCACAGACAGGGCAAAGCAGCGAAUGUUGGAAAGGGGCUAAAGGUGACGCGUCCUUAGCAGAGACUUGCAAGCAGAUUGAACUCCUCUUGGAGAAUGCUGAGUCAGCUGGUGAGUGCCCUUAAACUUUGAUGGACAGGGGCGCAGCGCCGCAGCAUGGUGUGGCCAGUACGCGGAUGGUAGCGACUCCAUGAGUGGAUCGAUGCCAGGCGACCGGCUGUUUUCAGCACCAGUCCUCCAUGGUCACCUUUUUCAGGGAGCAUCCGAGCUAUCACUGGUUGGUGG